CGAAAUCGGAAUAUCGGGAGGUUCGACGUCGGAGCGCUGCGGAAUUUUUACUCUGCGAUCGAAGACAAAAGUUGUUGCUGCUGCGCGCGUGUAGUCGAAGGGAAACAUAAACAAAAUCAAGCAGACCUAGGAACAACUUUAAGCACAAAUCACAGUUUUGACUCUUUUACAACUGUUCUGUCGAUAGCGCGCGCGCGGUGAAGUUUCCCACGUAAAACCCCAGAAAUCACAACAAAAAAGCUAAAGACGUUACCAACGUUACGCACGCGUACAAUUACAAGCAAACCACAAAAGUCCAGCUAAAGGUGUUUCAUAUGCAGACCCGAGUGAAAGUGGCAUCAAAUCGAUGAAACACAACAUCAAAUAGCCGAUUUUAGGCCGUUUUUUGUGCAACUACCUGUUCUGCAACAACUACAACUACAGCUAUAACAACAACAACUACAAAAUCUAACUGUUGCGCUCCGCCGGCUAUCUCCGUCUCCCUCGCUCCCAAGCGCGCGUGUGUGUGUGUGUGUCUGCUUGUGUGUGUUUCUCCAUGCAAUUGUUGUUGUGGCUGUGCGCCAAGUGCAAAUAAUUCGUUUCUUUUGUUUUUAACCAAAUCCAUGUCCCGUUAACCGCUGAAGUCAGUCGCCUGCUCCAAUUGGAUAAGCAAAUAUAUUUCAACAGUUGCAGUUCUUCUUCCCCCAAAAUGGCUCCCAUGCCCCGCAUCCAGUUGCCCAAUGGCAGUGCUUCGAUAAAGGCCAGCACAAAUGAUUUUCUCUUUGCGGAGACAAUGUCCGGGGACAGUAGCCCCACCCCCAGCAGUCCGCCCUCCAGCACAGCGGGCGUUGCCAAAUCCCAGUGUUCGUCGCUCUCCGAUGGCGAAUCCUUCGAGGGCUAUGGCGAAAAUGAGUAUCCCACCCAACUUCGUGACGGUCGCAGCAGCAAUUCCAAUGGCAGCGACAACAACAGCAAUAUUAUAAACAAUAACAAUAAUAAUCUCAGUGUGGGCAAUACGAGCUCACAGCACAACCACAGUGGUCACUCGAACGACGGAAAUAACAAUUUGAACGGCAGCACUGGCAUCGAACUCGAUUUGGCCCCGCACGUGGGUUCAUCAACACCCCAAGAUGAUGACGAGCUGAACAUAAUGCCCCGGGACAACUGGGCCAGGCGCAGUCUGAGGCGAACUCCCACCAGCAAUCCUGAUAGUUUAUCCCAGCGUCGUUGGGGAUCCAUGAGACACUCCGGUCGCAGACAGAUCAGUUCAAAUGCCUUAGCCAGCCAACUCUACAGAUCAUCGAGCUUUAACUCUUCGGGCCGAAGUUCCAACUGUGAUACAACUGAAGACAUGUACAGCGACAUUAGCUUGGAGAAUCGUCAUGACUACGAUUACAGGCUGGAACUGCUGCAGCGCAAGGUGGACGAUCUGUCGGAUACGCAGAAUAUAGCUGAGGAUCGGACGACCCGCACCAAGACAGAAUAUGCUGUGCUCCAGGCCCGAUAUCACAUGCUCGAGGAGCAGUACCGAGAGUCGGAACUGCGUGCCGAAGAGCGUUUGGCCGAGGAGCAGAAGCGGCACCGCGAGAUCCUGGCCCGCGUGGAGCGCGAAGCCUCGCUGCAGAACGAGAACUGCCAGAUGAAGAUCCGGGCCACCGAGAUCGAGGCUUCGGCGCUGCGGGAGGAGGCCACCCGAUUGCGUGUCCUGUGCGACAAGCAGGCCAACGAUCUUCAUCGCACCGAGGAGAAACUGGAACUAGCCCACGAUCAGAUUAGCGCGCUGCAGCAGGAGGCCGAGGAGCAGGCGCAGGCCCUGCGCCGCCACGAGCAGGAGAAGAAGUCCGCCGAGGAUCUGAUGGUGGAGCUGGGCAACGAGCUGCAGCGUGCCCGCGAGGAGAGCGGAGCCCGGGCGAUGCCGACCACGUCGCCGGAGAGCAUAAGACUGGAGGAGCUGCACCAGGAGCUCGAGGAGAUGCGCCAAAAGAAUCGAUCACUCGAAGAGCAGAACGAGGAGCUUCAGGCCACGAUGCUGACCAACCAGGCCACCAUGCUGACGAACGGCGUGGAGCAGGGUCGCCAUCUGCUGAACGGCACCCUCAACAGCUUGGCCCAGGAGCUGGAGGAGAUGUCACAAGCCCAGGAUUCUGUGGAUUCAGCCACAUUAGCAUCCUUAAGUCAGCUGCAACAGGCCUUCCAGGAAAAGGAGGACGAAAAUGUUCGGCUCAAGCACUACAUUGAUACCAUUCUACUCAACAUCGUGGAGAACUAUCCCCAGUUGCUGGAGGUUAAGCCCAUGGAGCGGAAGUAAUGCAGCCAACCGGAAGAACAAACCAAUCCCUAGGCACUCGAUAGAGUACCACAACCACCUAUCAUUAACUAAAAUGAAUAAACUAACAAAACCAUACUGUAUGUUAACUUUUUAAGCUACACUCUAUACAUGUAUUUAUGCCUAACUUAAGUCGUAACUUAUUUUAUAACAAUUUAAUGUAGUUUUUUAAACCAAAACAACACAGAGAACACAAAGAUUGCAUGUCAAAAUGAUGAAAAAAGUCCUUAAUUCGAUUAGAGAAUGUUUUGUAAAAAGAAAGUCUUAAAUUGUGUACGAGUAAAAGUUUAUUUUCCCUCGUUUCUAGUUUGAGUUUUGUAUAGUGCGUGUUGUCGAUCCCUAAAGAUAUUACUUAUAAAUAUUGUUAGAUCCUAAGUCUAAAGAGCUCGUUUAAUCUUUACUGAAAUGGAACCCAAUAAUUUAUUGAUAAUUGCUGGAAAAUCUGAUUGCGAAUGUGUGUAUGUAUGCAUUAAAUGAGAUUUUAUGAAGUGUUAACGUUUGGUAGGAGAUAUUUUCCAAUUUUGUUAAGGCAGCUAAGAAGGUUUUUCCAUAUUUCCUAUCUGUUCCAUAUUUGUUUUGUCUACUUAUAGACCCUUCUUAGUUCGCCUCUAAAAGUAGUUACAAAAGAUCUAUCAAAAAAUUUGCGUUUAUGGUAUGGACAAUCCCAGGAUACGAAGAAGGAGAUUUAGUUUGAUGAGGAUCGAAGGAAAGCAAUUAUCACUAGAAGCGAGUUAUUCAACUGAGAACUUAUAUCUUAACCCACAAACAUAUGUCAAUGUAUAGCACAGUUAAAACUAAUCAUACUCUGCAUAUAUAACCCAACAUGUAAUGGACACAAUGUGCAAACAAUUAGGGACAGCACAUGAACAGGUGUCCCCUAGGAGCUCCAAACGAAAGCGAUCCCUAAUAGUCUAAGCAACAGAACAACUCAAGCGGUCAACCAUAAAAUAGUUAAUGUAAUAUCCAAGAAAACUCGAGAGUCGAUGUGAAAUCGUUAAUCAAAAUUUAAUUGCCUUAAAUGGAAGUUUUUUAAAGUGUGUUAAGCCCUAGAUAACUCUAACAAAAAAGUCCAAACGUUUAAACACCUACUUAAUAGUAUGGAAUUUUAAAUGUAAUUUACCAGAUGCAAGUCGCAGAAUUUGUAUCAAAAUAAAAAGAAGAAUAUUUUACAAACAAA